UCCAAGCGCCGGGUGAGCGCGCAGAGGAAGUGGAAUGUGCAGGUGCUGGAGGGUUGUAGGAAUGAAUGGAAGACGCUGCCUCUCUUAAAACGUCUCAUAAGGAAGCCAUCGAUUGCUCCGGUGACAGUCACCUCUGUUCCUGCACCAUGGCGGACAACGACCCCAAGACUCCGCAGGAUCUCUCUGAUUUUGCUGAAAGUCUCAUGAAGAACCUACAGGACAAAUUACAAGUGCUGUCUGACCAGUUGACACAGAACAUGGAUGAAAUGGGCUCCAAGAUCGAUGAACUUCAGAGGAAUGUUAUUGACCUGAUGACACAAGCCGGUAUAGAAAACCCUGAUGAUGUGGUGCACUAAAGGAUGAAGACUUGGAUGAAGAACCAGCCAUGCAGAACUGCAUGGCGAAAUUUGCCAAAUGCAAUGAAAACAUUUUUUUUGUAAUAUUUAUUUUUAAAAACAAAACCAAUAAAAUGUUAUGACAGAGGAAA